CAACAGAUAUAAUUCGCUAUACGGAUAAAACAUUUAUCAGAAUUCCUACUAAUUGUGACCAGUACUACAAUUAUCGGAAUUUUUACUAUUGGUUAAAUCUUUCAGCUUGUUAAACCGUCACCAGGUUUUGGACUACACUCCUGUUCUGAAGAUUAGUCAACAGUUUCCUUAUUUACAACUUGUAGCUUCUGUUGCACUGCUUUACAACCAGAUACGUGCGUUCAUCAUAUAAAGCGUUUCAGAUUACGCAUAAAGCCAUGGCAUCUAAAACAUACGAAAUCAACGAAAACUUGGAAAAGAUCGUUAAGGAUUGUCCAUUAAUCCCAGAUAUGCUUUAUGUGCAGUGUCCUUAUGAUCGCACACAUCUAAUCUUGCGCAAACGGUUCCAAACUCACCUUUUAAGGUGCAGUGCAAAUUAUAAAAAUAUGCCAAAAGUUAAAUGUCCGUUUAAUGUCACUCACAUUAUUAAUAAGCCUGAGUUGGAGUGGCAUCUACAGACUUGCAAGGACCGUCGCAAGUAUGAAGAAAUGAAGCAUUCAACAAGUCAAAAGUUCAAUACUAUAGCACCACAGUUUAUCCCAAUUGACACAGAAACUUCAUGGGACGACGAACCUGUAGUGAAAGCAUACAACCCUCAGAACUACAUAAUGAAAGCACCCAUAUAUCGAUAUUUACAAGGUGCGACUCCAACUCUUAAAAACGAGUUUCGCAUAAAGGAAAUAAAACGAAUGAGAACUCUUAAAGCAGAAUUAGGUCUGUCAGAACCGAUAAAAACUAGUUUCACGACUUCUGAUUCACAAUAAGACGUUUCUCAUUCUUGUACAUAUUUUUUUUUUCUAGUUUACUUUAAUAUUAAUAUAGUUUUAACAUUUUUAUGUAUUACAUUCAAUAUGAAAUGUAAUGAACAUAACUUAAUAUUGUACAUACAUUAUAAAAAGAAUUGUUCAGUUCUAUAAGUAAGGAUUUUAAUUUCGUCAGUCAAUGAGGGUUGUUGCUUUCACCAAGAGGUUUUACUAACAGCGAAAUAUACAUGCUUUUUGUAUGUCUUUUGAAAACAAAAUUUGCAGAAUACAAUUAAUAAAGAAAUCAUACGAGGUCUGCAUAAUGUCAAUACAAGAACAAUUGUUUAAUUUAUUGAUCAAAGUCUUCAAUCCUGUUCUGUGGCGAAAGCUGGAGAUUUACGAACAUUGUCAGUUGAAAACAAUAAUCACUUGUUGAGAUAUUUCAUUGCAAAUGUUUAUAGGAUUGAACUGGACCACGAAUGUCU